AUGGUUGUUGAGGCUCUCCGGGCUUCCGAUCCCCGCUUCGGUUUCUUCCUCGCGGAAGCCUUCCGAUUCCUUGCGCCACGCUUCAAGCAACCGCUCUCUCUCCCCCUUCAAUUCCCAUCCUCCUCUUCAGUCUUCACCAACCCCCCGCGCAGAACCAGACCACACACCAAAAACGCCCGCCGCUUUGCGUCAGUUGAGGGAGGCGCGGCAGCCACGGCGAAAGGCGGCGCGUCCGGCGGCGGCCUGGAGCGGGAGAUGCUGCUGAUGGCCGCCGCGCCGGGCGGCGGCGAGCGGCAGCAGCAGCAGCACCAGAAGCGGGGGACCCGGAGAGGGCGGCCGUUGUCCGCCGAUCUGCUGCAGAACUGCGACCUGCCGCCUCCGGCCAAGCUCUUCGGCCCGUUCCCGACUCUGCAGAGGUUGGAGAGCGCGGCGGCGGCGGACCAGAAGGGCGACGGCGGCGGCAACGAGAGCCUGCUGCGGGCGCUGCGGCUGUCGCAGUCGCGGGCGCGGGAGGCGGAGGAGAAGCUGGCGGCGGCGGGCGCCAGCAACGGGGGGCUCGCGGCGCUGCUCGUGCGGGACUCGGUGGCGCUCUCGGCCCAUCGCCGCUGGGUCAUGAUGCUCGAGGCCGAGAACUCCGCGCUCAGAGCCUGCGGCGGCGCGGACCCCGCGGAGGAGGAGGACCACGGCGGCGCGGGCACCGCCGCCGCGUGGUGGGUCGCGCUCGCGGUCUGCGUCGGCAUCGCCGGCGUCGGCCUCGCCCUCGGCAACCUCUUGCUCUGAGGAAACCAUUGACCAUCAUCCUUAGUUCUUUUUGUAAAUUAUAUUACGCCUCCUGAAUCAAUCCUAAUCCACCAGACCAACACUUGGUCUUGUGUGCGAAAAAUGUUUACAGAGUUCUUGCAUAGUUGCGUACUGAAAAUGUUGACAUCUCUUCUCGAUGCCUGGCAUUGGAACCUCGUGUUGUUGUCGAUAAACAGACGGAAUCAAGGCGAAGAACGGGAGGAAGCUUUUGGAGGAUUAGGACAUGAGAUUGGUUCCUCGCCGGAAGCUUGGGGGUAUCCAUCCCCGCACGCUAUCAGGAGAUUCAUGACAGUGACUCAGUGAGUGCAGGUUACUCUACUACAAUUGUAUCCUGGGUUGGGUUGGAUAACUGCGACGCCUCCAAUUCGUGCUCAGUAUGUUGAGCUUAUCUGGUCCAGGCACCAGGAUUGAUGAGGCGAUGACUGAGACUUUUCUCCAGUAGCGCAGAGUAUUUGCAAUGAUGCAACGCAGUUGAUUAGUCUUUGUUGUCUUCUUAAUUUAGUUUAUUUUACCUCGGGUCCGGAUUGAUUUCGCCCCUGAAUUUCAAUACGAAACAACUUUAUUUUACACAUUUGCUAUUCUAAAGCUAGCUGCUUUUCAAUUA